AACCUGAUUUCCCAUCUUUUAGUAGAGUUGUUUUGCUUUGCUUUUCUCUUACCAUGGCUUCUCUGCCCAAACUCAUAAUCCUCCCUCUUUUUCUACUGUUACUCGGCAUUGCAGUUGCGCCACUAAAAGCCAAGGACCCAGAGUUUGAUUACUUCACCCUCUCUCUUGUUUGGUCUGGCACCAUGUGUUUGAAUGUUAAGGAGUGCUGUUCCACCAAUGCCUGCUGCAAACCCAUAGCUAAAAGAGGAUUCACAAUCCGUGGAUUAUGGCCAGAAUACAAUAAUGGGACUCGGCCCUCCUGCUGUAAUGGUGAAGCAUUUAACAAAAAUGAGAUCUCAGGUUUAAGGAAAUACUUGGAAUAUGAGUGGCCAUCGUAUAACUGCACUUUAUCCUCUGCUUGUGGCAGUCCCAAAGAAUCAAAUUGGGCUUAUGAGUGGGCGAAACAUGGAAUAUGUGCCAACUCAGUAAUAUAUCAUCACGUAUUUAAUUACUUCUUCCUGACUCAAAUGGCUCUCCGCUUUUACGAUGUUACUAGAAUUCUGAAGAAUAGUGGAUAUAGAGCAUCAGACUCCGCCGAUUACUCAGUGAGAGACAUCACUUUUGCCAUUAGAAGUAGACUUAGUGCAACCCCAAUAGUGUUAUGCUAUGGCGAUGCUGUGAAAGAAGUUCAACUAUGUUUCAAUAAGAAGUUACAGCCCAUAGACUGUCCUACUACUAAAAGUGGCUUGCUCUAUAAGUCAAGCUCAGAUGAAUGCCCUUCAAGGGUCAGAUUACCAAAAUUACGAAAAAAGAAUGUAAUAUCGGAGUCGGAGAAAAUGAACGACCUUUCAUUCAGUGGUGUGCAGAAUUGGUAGAUCACCAAAUGCGUGCAGAUUGUCCCUUGACCUCUCAUUUGCUCAAUAAUAUAAUGUUAUGAGUUGUUGUAUCAUCAAAAUCUAUCAAAUCAUCCUCCUAAUGUAUACGCACACUCUGGUAAAAUGAGUGUUGUAAUAAUAAAUAAGAUUAAGGGUUCAGUCAUUAAUUAAAUACUACUACUUUAAUUUUGGCAAAUUAUCCUACAAUUC